AGCUUAUCUGCCCCUCGUUUUAGUAAUUAGUCUAAGCCAUAGGUUCUCCUUGACAUCUCCGGCCAUAUUUAUUUCUCCUCAGCUCCGUUCAGUCUAAUUUACUUUUACAAUGUUUGUUUCAUAGAUCUCUCCCGAUAUUCCUGGCCUUCAAGCAAGCCGGGGAAUCAUGGCCGUGGAGAAAUAUGCUCGGCGCUCUGGUGUGGCGUUGAUGCGCUCAAGUUGGAGGCCUCAUCUGCGACCACCAUUCUACUCCAUUGCAGCAGCUUCCUACCACAAAUCAGCUCCAUGGCGAGAACCAGCCGCGCACGUCGUCGAAUCCCCAACUCCAGAACGCCUCCCAAUCUACCCAGUCGACACUCCAGAAUCUCCUCCGCAAAAGUUCAAGCCGUCACGCUUUAAACGCAUUGAAGAGGCGGCGCCUUUCUCCUCCUUUCUCACCGACACCUUCUAUCGCCAACAUGACUACCUCCGAAUCUCCAUUACCGAAAAAUGCAACCUCCGGUGCCUCUACUGUAUGCCUGAAGAGGGUGUCCCACAGUCGCCACCGUCACACCUGCUCACCACCCCCGAGAUUGUCUUGCUAUCCGAGCUCUUCGUAUCUCAAGGCGUCACAAAGAUACGGCUCACAGGCGGCGAACCGACAGUUCGAAAAGACAUCGUGCCGAUGAUGCAGCAAAUCGGACAACUACGAGGGGCAAGGGCUGGGAGAGAGGGGUUGAAAGACCUGUGCUUGACAACAAACGGGAUUAGCUUAUGGAGGAAGCUCGAUCCAAUGGUGGAAGCUGGGCUGACGGGUGUCAACCUAUCCCUCGACACUCUAGACCCCUACCAGUUUCAGAUCAUGACGCGUCGGAAAGGCUUCGAUGCAGUCCAGCGCUCUAUCGACCGGAUACUUGAAAUGAACGCCCUGGGUGCCGGUAUAAAGCUCAAGAUCAACUGUGUUGUCAUGCGUGGCCUCAACGACCGAGAGAUACUUGAUUUUGUUGAACUCGGGCGAGAGAAUGACAUCGAGGUGCGUUUCAUCGAAUACAUGCCCUUCGACGGCAAUAAAUGGUCGGAGAGGAAGAUGCUGCCAUUCCAAGAGAUGCUGGACCGCAUAAAGGGAAAAUAUCCCGGCGUGGAGAAGGUUCAGGAUCACAAGAACGACACAAGUAAGACGUACAGAGUUUCUGGGUUUGUGGGCAAGUUCGGAUUUAUUACGAGCAUGACACAUAACUUCUGCGGCACUUGCAAUCGGCUGCGCAUCACAAGCGACGGGAAUCUAAAGGUCUGCCUGUUUGGCAACGAUGAAGUGUCUUUACGUGACAUUCUCAGGGAGAACAAUUUGGGCAACCCGAUAGAUGAGGAAGCCUUCGAGGCAAUGAAGAAGAUCGAGAUGGAUCGAAGAGAAGGCCGAGUGGACGGCGUACUCGGCAUGCUGAAUAAUGAAAGUGAACUACUGGGCGUCAUCGGAAUAGCGGUUAAGGGGAAGAAAGAGAAGCAUGCCGGGAUGGGGGAGCUCAAGAACAUGAAGAAUCGGCCGAUGAUAUUGAUAGGUGGGUGAAAGGAUCUCUUGGGUCGUGCAUCGAGGUGGGCUGGCAAUCAAGUGAUUCACGAAUCAUGAGCGGCGACUGGCGACACGGUUGUACUUAUGGGGUUUUCAUAUCGGUACAUGAGCAUAUACCCUUGGCCAUCUACUGUGUAUAUAUAUGGGUGUUAGCAUCUUUUUUGCUCUUAUCCAAUUCAUAGCAUUUAACAC